AUGUCCUUUUCUUCUACGCUUUACAAGGUUUUGUUCAAGAGAAACUCUGCGUUCGUUGGAACUGUUUUCGCAUCCGCUUUCCUCUUCCAGGCCACAUUCGACAGUGCUGUCACCAGUUGGUACGAGAACCACAACAAAGGUAAAUUAUGGGCGGACGUCAAGAAGCAAUUGCAGGGCGCAGACGAUGAUGAAGAUGACGAGUAA